UACUUUUUACUUUCUUUUAAUUAAUUUCCAUAGUUAAAAUGGUGAAGCUGGCGUCGGCUCGGGAGGUCCGAAUGUACGGGCCCCGGAUGGACCGGAACCGAGCCGAGUACAUAAACGCCGGGCUCUACGUGUUCGCGACGGUGGUGCUGCUUGGUGGGUUUGUGGCUCAGCUGUCCAAGGAGCCCAAGUCAGGCCUGGUUCUGAUGCUCAUAGCCUUGGUCAUAAUCUUGGUGGUGAAUUUGCAUGAUCUGGUGGCCCACCUUGCCAUGUUCGACUACUCGAUGCCGUUGAUGGAGCUGGACCAGCAGCUGGCGCUCGUAGAGUUCGCUGUUCCUGUGAUUCAGGCUCUGGGCACCGUCCUCUCAUUCUUGGGCAUUUUUUUCCUUCUAAUUCAGGCAGAGAAAGGGUAUGGCUACUCUAAGCUUGAGAGGCAUGCGAAGAACAUGCUUAUUGCUGGCCCUGUUUUGUGGUUGCUGGGUUCGAUCCACAACUCGUGCCAAAUCUAUGAGAGAGCGGAUGGGCAUGUCCAAAUCCUGCAACAGAGCGUGCACAUCCCCUUCUUGAUUGGCAGUGUGCUGUUCACAGUCGGUGCAAUUCUCAACACCCGAGAGCAACAUGGUUUGUUUCGUCAUGGCCUGCAGCUACUGGGUAGGAAUUGGGUGUGGUUGGGGACCGGUGGCAGCCUGAUGUUCCUGAUUGGAGGAUUGGCAAAUGUGGUGAAGGUGUUCAAGAUGCAACAGAUGAGUGAUGGGCUGAGGCUUGAGAAGCUGAGGGGAGGGGCACAAGAGCGGCUAGUUUAUGAAAGGGAAGGCCAUGUUCCCCUGAUCCUAGAAGAUCAACGGAGGAGAUCAAACAGACCACCUUAUCACGAUGAUGACCAUCGUCAUGUGGAACCAAGUGUAGAACCACCAGUACCUCCCACCCCGUACAAAGAUGGUCUUUUGGACUGAAUAUUUGUAUGGUGUUGUUCUGUAGGUGAAGGGUUGGUUUACAGAAUGGCUUCUGUGUCCAGUCAGCCACAGUUCCGUUACACUCAGCCACCAUCGAAGGUUCUUCAUUUGAGGAACUUGCCGUGGGAGUGCACAGAGGAAGAACUGAUUGAACUGGGAAAGCCAUUUGGUAAAGUUGUGAACACAAAGUGCAAUGUUGGAGCAAACCGUAAUCAAGCUUUUAUUGAAUUUGCGGAUUUAAAUCAAGCUAUUGCGAUGAUAUCAUAUUACGCCUCAUCUUCAGAACCUGCUCAAGUAAGGGGGAAAACAGUUUACCUACAGUACUCCAAUAGGCAAGAAAUAGUCAACAACAAAACUGCUGCGGAUGUUGCUGGAAAUGUACUGUUGGUAACAAUUGAAGGUGAUGAUGCCCGCCUUGUCAGCAUAGAUGUUUUACACCUGGUAUUUUCAGCUUUUGGGUUUGUGCACAAGAUAACUACUUUUGAGAAGACAGCAGGAUUCCAGGCAUUGGUGCAAUUUUCAGAUGCAGAAACUGCCACUUCUGCAAAAACUGCACUGGAUUCAAGAAGCAUCCCCAGGUAUCUUCUACCUGACCACGUGGGACCGUGUACUCUCAGGAUAACAUAUUCUGGACACACAGAUUUGAGUGUGAAAUUUCAGAGCCACCGAAGCAGGGACUACACUAAUCCUUACCUGCCUGUUGCUCCAUCAGCCAUAGAUGGAAGUGGUCAGAUUAGCGUGGGCUUGGAUGGGAAAAAGCUAGAACCUGAGAGUAAUGUGCUUCUUGCAUCCAUUGAAAACAUGCAGUAUGCUGUCACCUUGGACGUUUUACACAUGGUCUUUUCUGCUUUUGGGCCCGUUCAAAAGAUUGCCAUGUUUGAUAAGAACGGAGGGGUUCAGGCUUUGAUUCAGUAUCCAGAUGUUCAGACAGCUGUAGUUGCCAAGGAAGCCUUGGAAGGGCAUUGCAUUUACGAUGGAGGGUUUUGCAAGCUUCACAUCUCAUAUUCACGCCAUACUGAUCUCAGCAUAAAGAUCAACAAUGAUCGGAGCAGAGACUAUACAAUCCCUAACAUUCCAAUUGUGAACCCACAACCCUCAAUUCUAGGGCAACAGCCUGUUCAGAUGAUAGCUCCCGCAGUGCCUCAGUAUAAUGGAGCUCAAUUUGCUCCAACCGAUCAGGCUGUGAUGCCACAACCUUCUGCAGGGUGGGGACCGACGGUUCCAGCAGUUCCUCAGUCUGUGCCCCUUCAGAUGCAUAAUCAACCUUACAUGCCACCUGGAACUUUACCUCUACCUUCUCAAAUGGGCCCUGGCAUGAUGCCGAGUGGUGCACCGCCUGCAACUUUGCCUCCCUAUCACCGUGGUCAUGUGCAAUAACGUAUCCUCGUGUAUUGAAUUUUGGAAUUCGCUGUCUUAGUUGUCAUCUCACCGUUCAAUGGAACACGCCUCUGCAUAUACAAGGAGCAUUUGAAUGAGGGAACUGCUCAUCUGUAAAAGCAGCAGCCCCUUUUCAUUUUCUUGAAAUUUUGAUAGUGAGAUUCUGUAAAAUUAAUUAUCUUCUAAUACUUGAUUUAGUCCCAUGACUCUGUUGCUUACUCUCGGUCACUUAUGGCACUCUGAAAUAAUAUAACUUAUUAGUUUUAA